AGUCAGAUGAUUCAGGGAAUUUACAGCAGCAGAAGGACAAGGUUUCCCCUCUCACUCGCAAAAAGCAUAAAGAAGAGUAACUUUCUCAGUCUCUGAGGGGCUAAUCAUCAUCAUCUUCAGUAUGCAGUGGAGUAUUCUUUGUUGAAUUGUUCAGAUGGAUUAUACAUCACAGUUGUUACAACACUGGAUUAUAAUGUAUUAUGGUGGGGGACAGUAACAAGGAAUGAGUAAAACUGGAUUAUUCACCAUGGUGACACAAACCAGAAAUUGGCAGAAUUGGAUUUGAAACAAGCAGUAAUCCCAGAGGUAACAGUGCCCAGGAGCUUGUUGAAUCUGACUGUUGGAGCCUGAACUCACCAUGCUGUACUUCCAGGUGGUGAUUUUGUCAGCUACAGUGAUGCUGCUUUACUACUGUGAGUUUACUGACACCUUCAGUCCGGCACAGCAGGGCUUCAUCUGCAGAGACCCAGCUUUAACUAAACCAGAUCCUGGACCUGAACAGGACAGCCGGGUACAGCCAGUGAUCCUUUACUCUGUGCUGGCUGGACUGCCUGUUGUACUGAUUUCAGGUGUCGAGCUUGUCAUCUUCCUCCUGCACUACAACUCCAACAUCCUAUAUGACCAGGAGAAGGUUGUCGUCAUGGGUGACUGUUGCUACGUGAACCCUAUGGUGCGCAGGACCUUCCGUUUCCUCGGCGUGUAUGUCUUCGGUCUGUUCACAACAGACAUCUUUGUUAACGCAGGUCAGCUGGUCACUGGAUGUCUGGCUCCUCACUUCCUGUCUGUUUGCCAGCCCAAUUACACUGCCCUCGGCUGCCUGGACUCGCCGCACUUUGUCAGCCAAUCAGAUGCUUGUACUGGUGACCCUGAUGAUAUCAUGAGAGCUAGAAAGACGUUCCCGUCCAAAGAGGCUGCUCUGAGUGUGUACACAGCAGUGUACCUGGCAGUGUACGUUAUGUCCUGUGUCGGUUCCAGAGGAGGAUGUCUGACUGCCCCCCUCUUCAGCCUCUCAUUGGUCAGUCUGGCUGUGCUAACAGGCAUCAACAGAGUGGCCGAGUACCGAAACCACUGGAGUGAUGUCAUUGCAGGACAAGCCAUCGGGGGAGCGAUUGCUGUCUUCCUGGUGGUGUUUGUGGUUCAGUAUUUUAAAAAGAGAGCUGUGGUUUCUGUGAGUCCGUCGGACACGGCCUCAGCCAACACUGACGACGCUUCACCACAAAGAAAUGAGCACAUUGUUCCACAGAGCCCAGGAUCCUUCACAGAAGUUACAUGACUAUGACCCCCCCCCACACA